UGUUGCUGGAUCCACUGAACACCUGUGACAAGCCAGGGCCAAGGAACUGCAGUCCUCAACCAGCUGGAGGGUUUGCACCCAAACUCGUUAAGCUCCAUCUCCAGACCAUCAUCCCCGGUCCCUCCCCACCCCACCAGCACGCCUUGUAACCCCGGCAAAGCGCUACAACCACUUCACCAAGAUGUCCAAAGUAGCCAAGUAUCGCCGGCAGGUGAGUGAGGACCCCGACAUCGACAGUCUGCUGUCUACCCUGUCCCCUGAGGAGAUGGAAGAGCUUGAGAAGGAACUGGAUGUGGUGGACCCCGAUGGCAGUAUCCCCCUGGGGCUGAGGCAGAGGAACCAGACGGACAAACAGUCCACGGGUGCCUACAACCGGGAAGCCAUGCUCAACUUCUGCGAGAAGGAGACCAAGAAACUCAUUCAGAGGGAGCUGUCAAUGGAUGAAAGCAAGCAAGCGGGGAGCAAGGCAGAUGCCAAGAAUGGAGAGGAAAGGGGCAGAGAUGCCAACAGAAAGGCCCUGGGCCCCAGGCGGGACUCAGAUCUGGGAAAGGAGCCAAAAAGGGGCGUCUUAAAGAAAAGCUUCUCCAGAGACCACGAGGAAGCUGAUGGCAGAGGUGGGGAGAAGGCUAAGGAGGAGAAGGUGAUCAGGGGCAUCGACAAGGGCCGGGUCAGGGCCGCGGUGGACAAGAAGGAGGCCGGGAAGGAUGGGAGAGGAGAAGACAGGACGACGCCAGUGACUGCAAGGAAGGAAGAGGAGAAGAAAGGGAGCACCAACCUGGACAGGAAGAGAGAAGACGCAAAGGAAGUGGUCAAGAAAGAGGACAGCAAGAUGGCUGCAGGGGAGAGUCAGAACAAGGACACCAGACAAGAAGACAAGAAGAUGAAAAGGGCCGGCACAGGCAUAGACACGAAGAAGGAGGGCGAAGGGGUACAAAGAGGAAGUGAGGACAGAGAUCCCAAAGAGGAGCAUGGAAAAGUCCAGAAGGACGAACCCCCACAUGAAAAGGAGGCCAAGGAAGAGAAGAAGACCAAAGCAACCGAGAGGCAGCCCCCGAGUGCGGGGGAGAGGCCAGAGGAGGAGGCAGCUCCCAGCAUAUUUGAUGAGCCGCUCGAGAAAGUGAAGAAUAACGACCCAGACAUGACGGAGGUGAACGUGAACAACUCAGACUGCAUCACCAACGAGAUCCUGGUCCGCUUCACCGAAGCCCUGGAGUUCAACACUGUGGUCAAGGUGUUCGCCUUGGCCAACACGCGAGCUGAUGACCACGUGGCCUUUGCCAUCGCCAUCAUGCUCAAGGCCAACAAGACCAUCACCAGCCUCAACCUGGACUCCAAUCACAUCACAGGCAAAGGCAUCCUGGCCAUCUUCCGCGCCCUCCUGCAGAACAACACCCUCACCGAGCUGCGCUUCCACAACCAGAGGCACAUCUGCGGGGGCAAGACGGAGAUGGAGAUCGCCAAACUGCUCAAGGAAAACACCACCCUGCUCAAGCUGGGCUAUCAUUUUGAGCUGGCUGGGCCCCGGAUGACCGUCACCAACCUGCUCAGCCGCAACAUGGACAAGCAGAGGCAGAAGCGGCUGCAAGAGCAAAGGCAGGCCCAGGAAGCGGGCGGGGAGAAGAAGGAUCGGCUGGAGGUACCCAAAGCGGGGGUCCUGGCCAAGGGCUCCCCGAAGCCUUCACCCCAGCCAUCUCCAAAGCCCACUCCAAAGAACUCACCCAAGAAAGGGGGUGCUCCUGCCGCCCCGCCCCCUCCUCCCCCUCCCUUGGCACCUCCCCUUAUCAUGGAGAACCUGAAGAACUCACUGUCACCAGCUACCCAGAGGAAGAUGGGGGACAAAGUCCUCCCUGCCCAGGAGAAGAACUCACGUGACCAGCUCCUGGCUGCCAUCAGGUCCAGCAACCUCAAGCAGCUGAAAAAGGUGGAGGUGCCCAAGCUGCUACAGUAGGGCCAGGCUGCUAGGCACUGGUGCCAAGGCCAUGACCGCCCAGGCUCACAUCCCAGGGCUGCACAGACCCUGCCCACCCCACCCUGGCUGACCUGCUGUGGCUCUUCCUGUCCUGCCACAGGGGGAGCUCCAGGCCUGGGCCUCUCUCCAGGGAGGAUGCCUCAUCUCUGCUUAUCUUCCUUUUCUUGUCUCUGAGACUCUCCAACAGUUGCUUUGACACCUGGAGCUGAGGGUUCUGGAUAUGGGGAGUCCUCCAUCAUCACGGAGAAAAUGGCACGUCUCAGGGCCCGGGUGACUGGCACAUUGCGAAAGGCCUCUGAUCUCACAGAGACGUUCCCCCAGAGACCACACACCUACCCAGCCCUUGCCUUCCAGGGCCAGGAUUCAGGCCUCUGUGGAGCCCUUGGGGCAAAGCUGCAGGGAGGGUGGCACUCUGUGGGACCAUGGCAGGGGGUGGUAGGCCUGCUGGGAAUCCAGAGGGCAGAGCAGGAGGGACUGGGGGUACCCGCAUGAUGAGUAGCUGGUCUGGGCAGACAGUGCCUGGUGAAGAAUGGGUUCCAGACGGGACGGACAGCAGCUGGACUGGAAGGUUUGAUGCCAAAGCAGACAUUUUCUUCACACCCACCUGCUGUUGUAUAAAUAGCUGUGUAUCUGUUUUUCCAUAAGA